AUGGGUGCUGAACAGUCCAAGAAGAGAAAGGACUUCAAAAAUAUUAGUGAUGAAGAGUACAAAAGAUUCAUGGACACCUACAAAAAAGCCACUAGCGGAAGAAGUAAGAUGACACGAGAAGAGUUUACGCCAACCUACACUAUCAUCGGCGAGUUCAACGUCCAGUGCUACUACCGCUUGGUAAAACUCGAGCCAUCUGGGCUGCUCCAAGCGAAAACAUUCCUCAAAAUCAUUGAUGAUGGACUGGGUCAUUUUGACUCUCUCGCCAAAGCACUGAAAAUAACUUUUGGUGAUCAAAAAGAACCGAUAAUGAGAAAUGUCGUCAAAAUCUUCUGCGAUUCCAAUAAAUUCACUCGGGAAGACCAGGUUCGCCUGUAUGACUACUUCGAAGGAGAGAACAAUCGACCAGUGGAGGAACUAGAGCACUUCUUCUCCUCGUGUCCCCUCUUCCCAUACUGUGCUGCUUUCAUAUACCAGAAGCUCAUCGAACGCCAAGGAGACUCGAAAAUGCCAGUUCUCUCGGAUAAAUCAAUCUUGCUGGGAAAUGUAGACCAGCUAAUUUUGAACUCGCACUUGCCAUUCGACCGACGAAAAAAUUGGACGAUGUUGUUUUCGAAUCAGCGUGAUGGGAACAGCUUUUCGCAAUUACUUAGGAAGGUCAAUGGAGAGGGACCGUGCUUCAUUGUGGUUCGAACAAUGAGAGGACGCAGAUUCGGAUUUUUCGCUUCUCAUGGUUUGCUCGCUGGUCCUCAAUACCGUGGUACCGCUGAGUGCUUCCUGUUCCAACUGGCACCCGUACUUGCUGUCUACAACGCCACUGGAAGAACCGACAAUUACGCCUAUCUCAACUACCAGCAACAAUCUCUUCCAAACGGACUCGGCAUAGGUGGCGCCGAAGAUGUCUGGCCAUUCUUCAUUCACGAAAGUUUCGAAGGAGGACUAUGCCAGAAAAACUCUAGCGCUUUCGAUCAGUGCUGGCUGGCUGAGGAAGAACACUUCAAGAUCAAACACUUAGAAGUGUGGAGACCUGGAGAUAAGCCAGCGAAAUCUUUCGAAGAGCAGCUUCUGGAAGCGGAAAGAUCUCCAGAGAAAUCCAUCAUCGACAAGGAUCCAGAGGCACGCGCUGUGCUCGAAAUGGCAGGGAAAUCAAUGCAUUCUGAGGCAUAUCGUGAUCCAGCUCCACUCCUCGAUUAA